CAUACGGGGUUUUCAACGAGUGCAAUGUUUAGCUUYAAUUAGACACGUCUUCCAACAAGAACGAAGAAAAAUUAUUAAAAACAGGCUUGUUAAGAUCCUACCAUCACUCAUAACAAAAUUACGACGUUCCUGGCCUUUAGUACUUACAACACCAACCUUAGCACUUGGAUGGUUUGGACAAUCAUCCAGCCCCGAACCAACAAAAAAGAUGUCCGAUGAAGAACUAGCCAUUGUGGAGUCCGACAAGUUAUUUGAUGAUAAUGAAAUUGACAAACUCUAUGACCUUCUGAUGAAAUUCUGUGAGAGCAAUAACCCUGAAAUUGUCUGGAGACUAGCAAGAGCAGCAAGGAAUAAAGCUGAAAAGAGCGUCAACGAAGAAGACAAAAAAACUCUUACAUACAAAGGAUAUGAGUUUGCUAAGAAAGCUGUAGAAUUGGAUGACAAAAACUUUGCAUGUCACAAGUGGUUAGGUAUAAUGUUAAGUAACGUUGGAGAUUUUGAAGCAACUAAAGUCAAGAUACAAAAUGCCUAUAAGAUAAAAGAGCAUUUUGAGAAAUCCAUUGAGCUAAGUCCCAAUGACCCAACCUGUAGAUAUUUACUUGGUGUCUGGUGUUUUACUGUGGCCAAUAUGCCUUGGUAUCAACGUAAAGUAGCAGCUGCACUUUUUGCAACSCCACCAUCAUCUUCCUUUGAAGAGGCACUUGAUCACUUUGAAAAGGCAGAAGCAUUGGAACCAAACUUCUUCAGCAAAAAUCACUUGAUGCUUGGCAAAACAUAUUAUAGCUUGAAAAAGUACGAAGAGGCAAAGGUUUGGCUGUUAAAAGCUACAAAUCAUCCAGAGAUUACCACUGAUGAUAUUGAAGCAAACAAGCAAGCUGAGGAACUUCUAAAAUACCUCUGAAAGUUAAUAUAGUAUAGCCUUGUCUCAUAUCGUAUAUCACUUGYUCGAGAAAGGGACAUAUGUUCCAAUAUCGUCUCACUUAGUAAUAUUGCUCAAAGUAAUGUCGCAUAUGAUAACAUUAAACUCAAAGUUGACUCUGUUGUUAAUU